AUGAAGUUCGCUGCUGUAUUCGCCUCUGUCCUCGUCUUCGUUCUUGUUGCGGUUGCCUCACCCGUAGAAGACGUCAAACCAACCGCAGAGCCAGUUACGAAGAGCCCCGAGGCUAGCCAGAUGUGCGAUGCAUCGGGCCGCAUUCUGCGGGAGAUGGAGCCUUCUAUUGUUAUUCAGUAUACUAUUGCUGACGGAGCACGGUCGCCAGUGUGGUAUACAGCGCGGCACUACCUCACCGACCUCAUUUCCUGUGGCGACGACCGCGCACGGUGGCAUGGCUUUGCACCUCAACCAACACUCUAUAAGUCCUGUUCACUGGAUCUCAUCAAAACGUUGUCCAUGCGACUCGAUGUUGAUAAGACGUCCACGGAUAUCCUGGAAAAUGGGCGUGGUACUGCAUCCUUGGGACUUUGUCUGCAGAAAAUGCCUCCGACGCGGAGUCGCCGCAGAUAG